UUCAAAGUGUUCGGUGCGGGACACGAGUAUUCUCACGGAUAAUAAACAGCAAAUAGGAUCCCUAGCAAAUAUGUCGCUCAAAUACUUACUAAUUGCUUCUGCCGUGCUGAUCGCUUUGAGUGCAGCUGAUGUGUCGGAAAUAAAGGCGAAUAAGGUGGAUCUGCCGUUUAACGACUUACUGCCACCUCUACAGGAUGAAUCGAGCACCAGUACGACGACCACAACUGUGAGGCCCGCCACAACGUUGGCCACAAAGCCCACCAAGAAAUCGUAUUACCAGAAGCCAGCUAACCUGGCCAAGGAGGAGAAACCGAAGACCAUUGCUAGCAAACAGGAUGUGGAGCAACUGCCCCUGGAUCUGCUGCCACCCUUCGAGGAUGUGGCUCAGCCAUCGGAGUCCAAGCCUCAGACCGUGGUGAAGACUACGCCAAAGCCUGUGAUCAGGGUCACUCAGCCACCAGUGGUGAGGGUCACUCAGCCACCAGUGGUGAGGGUAACUCAGCCACCAGUGCUUAAGGUCACUCAUCAGGCUGCUCCUCGUUCACAAUACUCUGUUCAAUCAGCACCAGCACCCCGGCCCCAGUACUCCGUUCAUCCUGCUCCCCCAGCGGUACAACCUGUCCACGGUUCUGCUGUAGGAAGCGGGUUCCAGUCCCGAUUCUCCAACUACUUCCUCACCAGCACCGUUCGCCCAAGACGCGGUCCUUUGCCCACGAUCACUCCCUUCCCGCGCUUUGUCAGGCUGUAGGAAUCCAUUUAAUUAGAUAAGAUAAGCAACCAUUCAAAGGCCAAGUCAAAACAUAAAAUAAAUAAGAUACGAAACACACUGAGAUAAUGAGUGGAAACUAUGCGGUAUUAUUUAAAAGCGACUGUUUAAGCAUGAAACUCACACAAAAUAUUCCAAGAUUUCAAAUGUUGAUGGAUCUUAAAUAAUUUAUGAAUGCAUAAAAGUGAGCAUUUUGGAUCACAGAGGCAUAGACAUCUGUUGGCGCUCUGCGAAGUCAGGUUAUCUGUUUUAAAUUAACACCUUUGUACAAUAAUUAAACUGGGUAAGCUCCACUCAGUUACAGAUUACAUAAAGAGUAAUUAUUAAAAAAUAUUCUCAUAAUUAAAAAGUGAAUUUUCUUAAGUAAAUUCAGCUUUAAAAGAAAGUAAGUACUUGGAACGUAAGAGUUUUAAAUAAUAUAUUGCAGUGUAAAAAAUAUUUUAAAUAAAUGAAAAAAAAAUUUUAAUUAUUAAAA